AUGUCGAUACCCCAUGCUCGUCGUGGUGGCUGCUGCUCACUUGCCUCGCGUGUACAUAGGGGCGCCGCGACAGCGUCUGCGGCGGACAAGAAGCAGGAUGGGGGUGUCGACGACGAGAAGAAGAAGCUGCGGGGCGCCCUGGAGGGAGCCAUCGUUUCGGAGAAGCCCAAUGUCAAGUGGAGCGACGUGGCCGGGUUGGAGCAGGCGAAGAGCACGCUCAAGGAAGCGGUCAUCUUGCCUGCGAAGUUUCCGCAGCUUUUUACCGGGAAGAGAAGGCCGUGGAAGGGUAUCUUGCUUUACGGGCCUCCCGGGACGGGUAAGUCUUACCUCGCCAAGGCGGUGGCGACGGAAUCGGACGCUGUUUUUUUUGCCGUGUCGUCGUCGGACCUGGUGAGCAAAUGGCAGGGAGAGUCCGAGAAAUUGGUCCGCAACCUGUUUGAGCUGGCCCGCGAGCACGAGCGAUCGAUCAUCUUCAUCGACGAGGUGGACUCCAUGUGCGGGAGCCGAUCGGAGGGGGAGAACGACUCGGCGAGAAGGAUCAAGACGGAGUUCCUGGUGCAGAUGCAGGGGGUGGGAAACACGCACGACGGGAUUCUCGUGCUCGGCGCUACGAACGUCCCCUGGGAACUCGACCCGGCCAUGCGCCGUCGUUUCGAGAAGAGAAUUUACAUCCCCCUCCCAGAGCCCGAGGCUAGAUCGAUCAUGUUCAAGCUACACCUUGGCGACACGGCCAACACUCUCACCGAUCAAAAUUUUGAAACGCUGGGAGACAAGGCGGAAGGGUGCUCCGGUUCGGACAUUUCCGUCAUCACUCGCGAGGCGCUGAUGGAGCCGCUACGGAAAUGCCAGACGGCUAAGCAAUUCGUACCCACAAAGGACAACAUGCUCAUUCCCGCGGAGAAGUACCCGAACUGCCCAUACUGUCCGCAAGACCUCACCACUCGGCCAGCCAAGAUGGGGGAGGUCUGCCCCACCUGCAAAGCGAUACGCAUCAGUCUUUACGAGGUUCCCACUGAGAAGCUUUUGGUCCCAGACGUCUGCUACGACGACUUCCUCAAGGCACUAACGAAGUCUGGAAGCUCGGUAUCGGAGGAGGAGCUCACGCGUUUCGUCGAGUGGACCGAGGAUUUCGGGCAGGAGGGAUGACCGGGCAGGACGCUUACCUGUUGACUGUUAACUGUUGUGUCAUAUUAUGGUCCUUCCUUUCGUGAAGUCUUUGUAUCGGGGUCCGUUGACCUACCUGCCUUGAAGGGGUAGGGUUGGACACGACGAGCAAAAAUAGGCCAUGAGUGGGGAGGCAGGGGGUGCUCUCUUCGAGCUGUCUUUGUGCUCUCGUCGAGCUGUCUUCGUUUGUCAAACUUGUUGUGAGACGAAAAAGCAACGUCGACGGCCGUUACUUUCGUGCUUGUUACGGGCAUCUGCGGGCAGAAUCAACGAUCGGCCUGAACGCGAAGCCUUGAGCUGUUCCUGAUCUACCCUUCCACCUUGGGCAAAAGGGACGACGGAAACAAAAACAAGAAGAUGUGUUGUGCUGUGGUAACACUCACCGCCCCUCCCUUGGUGUUGGCACGUCGGCAAGAACGAGAUGGUAAACAAAGCAGUUCCAACGUUGUGAGACAGCUGUGGCGGUACGGCCCAUGCAUGUAAGCAAAAAAGCUUUGCUGGCGUCGGAAAUGGAGACACAGGGGGUGGGUUAUUGUGGGAGGAAGUCUGCGGAUAUGAUCGGUGUGUAUCAAUGCCAUCCGCUCGAUCACUGCAAGUUUUCAUGCGCCCUUCGGCGAACAGGCGGCAUCGUCAUCAUCACAGCGGGGGUGGUGGUACUCCUUCGAAUCCACUUUUUUUUUUUCACGUGCAACAGGCUGCCUGCAGCACCUAUCCUGGCGUUUUUGACCAACCAACAUGUGUAAAGACAGCCAAGCCAUGAUAGGUACAGCAGUAGUGCUCGAGGGUUGCCCGGGGGGGUUGGCUGUUUUUGCCGUAUACUGAGGUGAAACCCAGGAGAUUUGUUCGUACAUAAAAUGCCUCUAUCGGCGACCACGUCAUCAGGAGGCAAUGAUGAGAAAAUGUUCUCCCGUGCCCGUGGCACAUUCAACGACAUGAAAUUAUACAACAUAACAUUUAAUGAGACACACAAGACAGCUGCCAAACUGAUUUUUCGAGCCUGUCACCUGCAGGGGAGUUGUCCCUAUAUGCUGUCUAGGAAAUCGUAGACAUACAGGUAGUUUUCUCUGACACUAUGAUUCCAUUGUUAAUCUGUCUCAGAGAUGGAGUCGUUGUGUCAUUUUUUUUUUUUUUCAACGGUGAGACCACGCCCGUGUGCCCGCAUAUCAGCCGCACAUACUCCGCACAUAUGCAUACCAAACCGAAAAUACGUUUGUAAACUGAUGGAGAUUGCAUGUCCUACAACUAACAGGGUGCGACACACAAAACGCCCGACUAACCAACAGUACCCAACAUCAUCCGUCUGCACCUUCCCAACAUAACAUAUGAGACACACAAGACAGCUACCAAACUGAUUUGUUGAGCCUGUUACCCGCAGGGGAGAUGUCCCUAUAUGCUGUCUGGGAAAUCGUAGACAUACAGGUAGUUUUCUCUGACGCUAUGAAUCCAUUGUCAACCUGUCGCUGACUCUUUUCUAUGAUAGAGAUGGACUCGUUGUGUCUUAGUUAGAAAAAUAAAAUAAAUGGAAACCGUCCGAGUGGCUGCCCCCGUUUCGAGGGGUUUCGUGGUGUUGUCGGGGGGUGGGGGGUCCUUGACCAACACUCCGUCGCUGCAGAGGUUUUUCGGAAAGCGGCCGGGUGGUUCAAAAAGAAGUCAUGGUGGUCGGUGGCGGCCAGGACUGAGAUGUUGGUGGGUCAAGGGGUUACCGUGACCUCCCCUUACAAAGGACGCGCAACACGCGUAACACGGGCCCCCUCAGAAAGACACAAAAACACUACGAUGCACGAACGCACGCGACCACUUUGUAUGUAUACAAAUGCACACGAGCUUCCAAGUGUCCACGGCUCAGGUUCUCAUUUCCGCUUUGGGGGGUAGAGACAACGCACAGGUGUAUUCAAAACAAGAACCUUUCUUGCCCAGGCAUACGGGAUAGUGCGCCCGACGACCGGGAAUACACGCCUGGACAGGCCGAAUGAAUGAUAAACGUCGCCGUGUAGCGUUGUGCUUGGAGGCAACCGAGGCAUGCCAUAGGUUUCCGGGCGACGCGCUACGACUCUGACUGGCGUCUCGACCCUGACCCCUAGCCUCAACCGGAGGUAGGUGUGGGUGGUUGGUCGGUGUGCCUUUCGGAGGUCCUACAAAGGGUCGCUGUCGCCACUGAACCCCUACCCUCAAGUCUAACGCUAGCCCCAGCCCCAACUGUUCGGCGUGCCUUUCGAAGGUCCUUCAAAGGGUCGAUGUUGCCACUGAACCCCUAAACCCUGAGCCCUCGCCACAAGCUCCAACCGGAGUUGGGUGUUAGUUACGUGUGCCGUUGGAAGGUCCUUCAAAGGGUCGAUAUUGCCACUGAGCUGCUCAAAGACACGACCUUUUUUCGGUGCCGGUCUGUCGAGGUAUUCAAACGGGGUGGGUGCCCUCUGGUACGCCUUCUGUACCAGUCACCACCCCACCCGCCUACUAUCCAUACCGUGUUCGCCCCACCCCCUGUCUCUCCCAACACACACACACUCACAGACACAGACAGGUGCCUUGCUCGCUCUCGAGUCGGCCGAACGGCACGUACACACAUGUUGGGGUAAAAAAACGCCAUCGAAACCAGUAUGGUACAAUUCUACAGUACUCUACAC